AGAGGCGGCACUUCCGGCGGUGGCGGCGGCCCGGGUUUGCAGUUCCUAAAGCGAGGCAUGUGGGACCGUGCCGUGAGCCCAGAGGGGUGUCCCCAGCACAGGCGGUACAGCCUCGAUUAACCAGAAACCGGCUCCCAGGACCCCUCUACUCUGUGGUCCAUGUUUGAAGGGAGGGGCUGCCGUUGUCCUCCUGAGAGAAGGCCAGAGGUUCCAACAGUGUGGACGAGUAGGGGCGUCGUGACACCGGUCGUCUCCUGCGGAGAGCACCGGGAGCCGCCAGCGUCGCUAGGAGCCCGGAAGCCGAGGCGCCGCUGACGCCGCAGGGAGGGACGGAGGAGCAGCGGAGGCUCACGGUGGCCCCGGGGUCAGAGGGACGGGGCAGGCAGGGGCGGGAGCAGAGGAAAGGGGCGGGAGAGGCAAGAAGUCCGCCAGGCCCCGCGGCGAGCGUCUCCCCACCCACCGGGGGCAAGCCAGCCUCCGCAUGGCCUCCAAGCAGGCUGCCGGCAGGAGCCCGGGGGAGAAGCGCAAGAGGGUGGUGCUGACCCUGAAGGAGAAGAUCGACAUCUGCACGCGCCUGGAGAAGGGGGAGAGCAGGAAGGUCCUGAUGCAGGAGUACAACGUGGGCAUGUCCACCCUGUACGACAUCAAGGCCCACAAGGCGCAGCUGCUUCGGUUCUUUGCCAACUCGGAUUCCAACAAGGCCCUGGAGCAGCGGCGCACCCUGCACGCGCCCAAGCUGGAGCACCUGGACCGCGUCCUGUACGAGUGGUUCCUGGGGAAGCGCGCCGAGGGCGUGCCCGUGUCGGGCCCCAUGCUCAUCGAGAAGGCCAAGGACUUCUACGAGCAGAUGCGCCUGACGGAGCCCUGCGUGUUCUCUGGCGGGUGGCUGUGGCGUUUCAAGGCCAGGCACGGCAUCAAGAAGCUGGACGCGGCCGGCGACAAGCAAGCGGCCGACCACCGGGCGGCAGAGCAGUUCUGCGGCUUUUUCCGGAGCCUGACCGCCGAGCACGGCCUGUCCCCGGAGCAGGUGUACAACGCUGACGAGACCGGCCUUCUCUGGCGGUGCCUGCCCACCGCCAGCCCGGAAGGCGGGACGGCGCCCGGCGUCAAGCAGAGCAAGGACAGGCUGACCGUCCUCAUGUGCGCCAACGCCACCGGCUCGCACAAGAUCAAACCCCUGGUGAUCGGGAAGCGCGGCGGCCCCAGGGCCUUCCGGGGCAUCCAGCACCUGCCGGUGGCGUACAAGGCCCAGGGCAACGCCUGGGUGGACAAGGAGAUCUUUUCCGACUGGUUCCAUCACAUCUUUGUUCCCUCGGUGAGGGAGCACUUCCGAGCGGUGGGCCUGCCCGAGGACGGCAAGGCCAUCCUCCUGCUGGACGGCGCCCGGGCGCGCCCGCGGGAGUCCCAGCUGGUUUCCGACAACGUCCUCACCGUCUUCCUGCCCGCGGGCGCCACCUCCUCCAUCCAGCCCAUGGACCAGGGCAUUCGGAGAGAUUUCCUGAGGAAUUUCAUCAACCCCCCCGCCACGCUGCAGGGCCGUCACCCCCGUUACAGCAUGAACGAUGCCAUCGUCAGCGUGGCCUGCGCCUGGAGCGCGGUGCCCCGCCACGUCUUCAGCCGGGCCUGGAGGAAGCUGUGGCCCGCGGUCACGUUCGCCGAAGGCUCGUCUUCCGAGGAGGAGCCGGAGCGUCUCCAAACGAAGCCUCACGACCAAACUUUCGCGCACAUCCUGGAGCUCGGGAGAGAGGCCCCGGCCCGCCCCGGCAGCCGGCUUCACCGGGGCGCGGCCGCCAAGGGAGACGGGCUGGGAUGCGAGGCCGGGGAGGGCCUGGCCCCGUCCGCGGGGGGCCCAGAGCAGGUGGAGAAGGACGGCGACGAGGCGGCCUGGGAGCAGGCGGCCUCGGCCUUUGACUCUGUCGUCCGCUUCGCCGAGGGACAGCCCUGCUUCACGGCGCAGGAGGUGGGGCAGCUGCGCGCGCUGCGCUCGGUGUUCGCGAGGCAGCGGCAGGCGAAGGGGCGGCGCGUGGCCCUCAGGGCCGCGGUCAAGCUCGAGGCCCCCCAGGAGCUCUCCCCUCUGCCCUGCUCGUCCGCGGCGGCCGAGGACUGAUGGCUGGGGGCGCUGCAGAGCCGGGCAGAGCUCGCCCGGGAGGCUGGGCGCCCGGUGGGGGGUCUCGGCGACUUGGGGCGGCCCAUCCCGCGUGUUCUGGUUCGUCGCGGGCCUGUCGUGUUUUCUGGCGCGUGAACGUGAGGAGCCCCUCUGGAAGGGUCCGCCAGACCGAAAGCCUAGCGGAACAUCCUGUGACCGGAGCCCAGGACCGUGCCGGGCGGACUCUGGCCUCGUGCGCGCUGGCUGAGCCCUGCUGUGUGUGCGGGUGGAGACGUCUGUCCGUCCGGGAGGAGAAAAGCCGGUCCUCGGGCCAAGCGAUGGCAGUACCUGCGGCCACUGGACCGGGUCAGCGUCACCCACGGCCUGCCCCUCCGUCCCCUCGGGCCCGGGUCUGCCGUGUGGCCGCCAUCCCUGCGUCAGGUGGGCGCGACGGCUGGGACUCCGCUUCUGACCGUGAGUCGGCAGAGCCCUCGCCUGCGGCUUCGAAGGCACACGUCGUCACCCUGCUCGCGUGUCCCUACUUCAGCCGCGGGCUCGCUCAGCCGCCCCGGCCUCCCGCGCGUUCCUCCUGGGACCCCAGGGCGUGGGGGCCGCACGCUGCGCUGGCGUGACGGAGUCACUUCCCACAGCGCAGGCAGGACCGUCCCCCCGGGCUGCCCGCUGCCCCGAGGGGCCCGUGGCGCACCGCCGGCAGGCCUGGUGUCCGGGCUCCAAGUUCACCAUUCGCUCCCGGGGAUUCCGCGCUUCCCGCCUUCACGCUGACGAAUCUUGAGGAGGCGCUCGGAAAUGAGGCUGAGGUUUGCGCACACGCGACCCGGCGCUGGAACGAGCUGCUUAGGUUUCUAGCGAUGCUUGAACUCCUGCGGUCGGCCCUUCCCACCUCUGUGCCGCGUGUGGGCAGGAGCCGGUGGCACCACCUGGCCGUGGGAAGACGCGGUCCCUCCUGUGUCUCCCGGAUGCUUCCGGCCUCGCCGGCACCGCUGUGGCCCCUUGCCGGCCGUGCUCCCCUCCCCACGUGUCCUCUCACCUCCGUGCCCCUGGAUUCACGGUCUGGUGGCCGAGCUGGCGCGACGUUUUCCUUCCUCCGUUUGCCGUGUGUCCCUCCGGGAGCCGCGGGAACGGUGCUUGGCGUGCGGCCGGUCCCCCCGGUGCUUUCACGUCUUUCUGAACACGGGAGGCGGCCGCUGCUGCCGUGGGGCAGCACGUGGGCCGUGCGUGCUUUCUGUGCACGUGUGAAGAUGGUGAACUAAGCACGGGCCUUUUUAAGAGUCUCGUCGCCGAGUCCUAGGGCCGGAUGGCUCCAGGCAGGGCUGUGUCGCUGUCGCGUCCUCUCCUUCGUGUGUGUUGGGGCCGCAGCUGUCGAAUCGCAGCUGCUUGCGGCCUGGAGGGAAGUUAGGUGUCGGGAGUCACCGGAGCGCUGCCCUCGGCGGUGGCGACGGGCAGCGGAGAGGAGGACGGACGUCCUGAAAAGCUCUCCCCGCAUAGCCCGGCGUGGUUCUCGACUGUGCUGGGCGGUGUCGUGAGGGAGGGGAGAGCAGAUAGGGUUCCUGGCCGCCUCCUAGGUCCCCUGUGGAUGCCUUGUCCCCGUCAGACCCUAGACCCCAGGCCAUGGAUUCAGCGCCCUCACCACCUGCCCCCGUCCUGGCCGUUUUGGAACCUAACAAUAAAUGCUCGUCACCAGAUGGCCUUUGGGGGGGGGGGGGUGUGUCUGUCCUCCAGGCGCUCCUUCCAGAACCAGCCACGGUGCCGCGCUGCUCGGAGGUUCUGGGCGGAACAGGACAGGCAGGCCUCUGGCGAGCAAGCUUCCCUGGACCGCAGACCGAGGUACAUGGCCACGUGCAAGGGCCCGCACAGGCCUCCACGCCCACCUGUCCUCCGAGGGCCCUCCCAGCUGCUUGCCCAUCCCUCCUUGCCCAGCUUCGGGCUCGGUGGUCAGAACGUUUUAGCCUCAGAAUCUUUUUUCCCAAACAUUGCUGGGUGGAACCCUGUGAGACUGGAUGUGAAAUUGGAACAGGGUAGAACCAGUCCCCCCUUCCCUUCCCCCCAGUUGCUACUGAGGCAGGAAGCCUGGGCUCCCUGUCCCUGCGAGCCCUGGCCCGGAGCCCUGGCCAUCUUGUCCUUCUGGCCCAGCCUGCACCCUUCUGCUUAGUCCCACCUGGGCCGGAAGGCAGCCCGGGGCCACGGCCGUCAGACGUGGUUCUGGAGGGAGAGGGGUUGGAGGCGGGGGUACGCAGAGAGGCAGGCUGGGCUCUUUCCUGGCAGCCCGUGCCGCAGGGGGAGCAGAAUUUGGGGCGAACGGGACCCACCCACGCUGCCUCCGAGGGCCCGCCUGAGCAUCUCUGGGGAGGAGGUGCCCCGGGUGCCAGCUGUGGCGGGCUCUCCUGGCGUGGGAGCAUGCUGACGUUGGUUCGCAGGCGUGAUGUGUGUCAAGUGCCCGCCCUGUGCUGGGCGUCGUGCUCAGCCUGGGGCCGGCGGGUGAUCGGACAAGGCCCCUGUCCUGCCUUCAGAGAGCACAGGUUUCCCGAGAAGGGCCGGAAGUUGGGGAGGCCGGAACACAGGUGAGGGGCGGAAGGUGGCUCGGUGGGGGUGUUAGGGGGUCCACGAGGGCGGUAAAGAGAACAGAGGUCCUGCCUGCGUCAGCCCCGCCCAGCAAGUCCAGGAGGGGAUCCAGGGCAGUGAGGCGGCCGCGUGCGUGCAGCCAGGCUCCUCUGCCAUUUGUCACAUGUGGCUCCCGCUUCACGUCAAGACUGGCCUUCCAGUCCCCAUCCUGGUGUCUGCUUCCAGCCACCGGGAGCGGGAAGUGUAGCACCUCCUCCAAGAAUUCCCUCAGCUGGCACACAUCCCUUCUGCUCCCGUCCCUCGGGCCGGGUCCCAGGGGCAUCUGGGCCUGCAGUUGUGGAGGACGCGAGGGCCCACGCUGGGGGAGCAGCCCGGGAAAGCCGGGGCCAGGUCUCCUCACCCCCACCCCCACCCCCCACUCAGGGCCUCGGCCCUGCUCCCCAAGGCCAUGGGGGGCCCGGGGCGGGCGGCGUGUGGGCCUCCACUCGUGGGGCAGGGACCCCGCACUGCAGCAGGCCCAGAGGGCUGGAAUUGCUGUCCCCACCCACCCACCCCCGGGGCCCAGGCCUUCCACAAAAGGACUGACUGCGUUUGCACAGAGGGUGAGGUUCGAGGGUGCUUGCGGAAAGUGGAGCUCGCAGAGAACAGCACGUGGGGGGAGCGGGGGAUCCACAGGGGACACAGGCUGAACUGUAGGCUGGUCAGGGAGGAUCUCAGACACCGAUCUCAGGAGCUGUUCUUUCAAAGGAGCCAAAUUUGGUUGGAUUAGUCAGGGAAGCCGUUCACGCCCAGGGCGUCAGUAGUGAAGACAGCAGAGCACUCGGCCGGCAGGGAGAGGAGCUCAGGGGCAGGGAAGACAGCCGGAGCCUCUGUCCUCCCAGGGUGACUGUGGGCGAGCCCAGGGCUGCGCCCCUGGCCAGCAGCGGGAGGCUGGAGCGGCCGCCCCACCGCGCCCAAGAUGGGACUGGUAACACGAUCCGGCCUGGGUGGCCCGUGCCCGGAACUGCUACAGCACAUUCCCUAAAGCGACUAGUCUCCUACCUGGACGUGCAAGGAAACAGCCCAUGUGGCCCAGGCCCCAGGAAACAAAGGCCACAGAACCGGCAGUGUGUGAGUUAGAUUGAGCAGAGGAGACUUGAAAGUGGCCGCCGUAGAUACAGUCAGAGGAAAGAAAACCAGCAUCAAACAGGGAAGGGAAAGUAGUGAAGGAAGGUGCCAUCGCAGCGACGCAACUAACGGAACCAAUGAAAAGAUCAGAAUUAAGUAAAAGAACCAAGUGGAAAUUCUGGAGUUGUAAAAUACAGCAACCACGAUGGAAGGUUCACUAGAGGGGCUCAACGGUAGCCAUGAGCCGGCAGAAGAAGAUCCAUGAUCUUGGCCUAGAGACCCACAGAUCACACAACGCAAAGACAGUGACGGGAAAGGAGCAAACGGUCUCGGAGAAACGGGGACCCCCAAGUGCACCGUCGGAGCCGCAGGGCGGGGAGGGCAGGAGACAGAAGGGAAAGAAUACGCAAAGAAACAGUGGCUGAAAAUCCCCAGAUUUAUCAGGAAACGUCCGCCGACAAGUCCAGCCGGCUCGGUGAGCUCCAGUGGGACCAACGCUACGAUCCCCGAGUCCGGGAAAGCCCUCCCUGGCCACGAGAGCGCCCCACGAGGCUGGCAGCUGACCCCAGGCGCGGGGACGGCAUCGUCCGCGUGCUCGAAGAGAACCCACAGCCAAGACUCCUGCGUCCACCAAAACCGUCUUUCCGGAUAAAGAGAGAGAACGACGUUUGCGGAUACACAAAACCCGAGAGAGUUUGGUACCAGUGGACCCACCUUCCGAGAAACACUGAAGUUCCUCAGGCUCAAAGCAAGUGACCCUGACAGUAGUUCAAAUCCACUCAGAACAAAAAGAAGCUUGGGGAAGACAGUUCUGUCCUGAUGGGAGACCUAGGACACCGUGUCCAGUUGACCCUCGGACAUCUCUGCGGUUGGGGCGCCCCCCCCCCCCCCCGCUACCCUUUCCUCUGGCAGCUUCUCUAAAAGGCAUGCCAUCGCACAAGGUGGGCGUCUUGGCCCCGUGUCGUUGAGUUCAUCGCGUUUACGGUGUGCUGUGUCUCAUGGUCACACCGGGAAGGGGUGUGGGGCUGCCGUCUCCAGCAGGAAGUGAGCGAGGGCACAUCCGAAGUCCGUUCUGGCCGGCCUGAGAGCGGCUGCCCAGGAGGUAACUCAAAAGUAGCGACGGAUGCAUCACAGGAAUUAAAGUGCUACGUUAGAAGAAAACAUAAAAGCAGCAGAUGAGGGCUGGAGGGACCGGAAGGCCCGGGACCCUCAGCAGCGGCACCUUCCGGCCUCCCUGGCCCUGGCUGAGGUGACAGCGUGGCCCCCGUUGUGCAGAGCAGGGGUCGAGGCCCUGAGCUGGUCCGCGCCACGGCAGAGGUCUUGCUGCGGCCCCUGGAGCCCGUCAUCCCGCAGAGGGGGGCCCCGGAGUGCGCCAGCCGCGGCCGUGCUCGUGGCCUCAAGGGCCAGCGCUGCUGUGCUCCUGGCCGCUUGUCCCUCUGGGAGCCAGGAAGGACGCCGUGCCGCCACUGCCGUUUCAGGCCGCGUGGAACCUCCAGGCACACUGAUUUAUUUAAAAUUGACCUUUGUCAGUAAACUUGCCUUAGAGGAUGUGCUCUACGUUUUGGCGACGAAGCGCGUCUUGCGAUGGAGUGAGACAGGCUGCUGUUGUGCAGGCACCCACACGGGGCAGCGUGCGCUCACCUCCACCUGUCCCAGCGGGGGCCCAAGUCCUCACCUCCGCAGACGGCGCCCCCUGCCACCUGUGCCCCUCUGUCCCACCCCAGCGGUUUCCAGGGGGUCAGGCAUGCGGAGCAAGAUGAGAGGUCUCCCACAGAGCGCCGGGAAGGGCGCUUCGGGGCAGGGGGCGCGGGGUGGGGUGGCUCCCCGCGGUGCUGCAGGACCCCGGAGGGGCGGAUUGCCUCCUCCCCCGGCCAGUCCCCGCCCUCCAGCCUGACGCUGGGUGUGCUCCCUGCUCGAGGACUGGGGUCCUGGAUGUCUACACCUGUGCCCAUCCAUCUGGACAGGGGACUUCCGGGAGGCCGGGACAAGCUUCUUACUGGACGCCAUGUGGGCCUGGCACAGAGGAAUAUUCAGGGAGGCAAAGGCGGGGGGGGGGGGUGGCAGCAGUUCUCAUGACCAAGAAAGUUCUUGGCUAGGAGCCACAGGACAGGAGGUGUGGCUCUGGCCACCCAGUCCCCAAGACUGUGCGUGCACCCCACCCUCCAGUCCCAGAGACCCACGGGGUGGCAGGAGGGAGAGGGAGCCGGCUCCGAGGAGCGGACGCCGAGUGGGCACAGCUAAGAGCCAGACCAGGUUUAGGGACCCGGCUAACCGCGCGGCAGAGAAGGUGGGCGGCAUCACAGAGCCAACAUGGACUCGGGAGCCAGCGGGGCCUAGGACAGUCUCACGUGCCCAAAGUGAGCAACGGUGGCUCUCCCAGCGCCUGUAGCUGAGGAUGUGGGUCACGUACUCAUUUCUCAGGUCUUUAUCGAGGCUCUUCGGGUCCUGGGGGCUGCCUGGCCGCUGGGACGGAGGUGAUCGGGAUGAGGGCUCAGAGAGCUCGCGGUGUCGCCCGAGGCAGGGGGUGCUCAGCCUCGGAGCAGGGAUUGGGAUGCAGGAGAGGCCUGUGGGAAAGCAGCCUGGAGAACAGAGAGGGCUUCGUGGAAGUGGCAGGCGUAGAACUGGGGCCCGGGAGGGUGUGUAGGAGUUCUCCCGCCGAAGUUGGGAGCGGUGCCCUGUGGGCAGACCAGGGGUGAAGAGGCUGGUCCGGAAGGGUACAGUGGCUCGCAGGGCAGGAGUGGCCCCCAGGUGGGGUGGCCACCCAGCAGGACAGGACCCUUGAGGCCCAGCGGGUGGGGUCAUGGGCUGCCUCCCACCCUGCCCUUCCCAGUACUGCUCUGGCAUCUGUCUGGGCUCCUUCCUCGCCCCUCCCCAUCAGGGCAGCCGGCCAGGGAGCCCCCGUCCCCCGGUGCUGCGGCUCUCCUUGUCCAGGGGGCAGGUGACACCCCUUCACUGUUUCAGGCUGUGACUCGUGAUGACUGAGAACCUGCGAUCCGCAGCAGGAUCUCUGGGAGAGGCAGAAUCUCGGGGAGGUUUUGGAUACCCUAGGGACCUGAGUUGAGUUGACUGAGGGACCCUCGGAUGGACAAGAGGGAGCCUGGGCAGGAAGGCGAGGCCCUCGGGAAUGUGACUGUGGGACCACCUACUGAUGUAGGGCCCCUGUGUGGACGUGGCCCCCCCAGAACUGGACAUCGGAGCACGGAGGUCACCAGGCUGCCUGCUCGGGAGAAGCCCCACAGUAGGGCCAACGGCCUGGGCUCGGCCACCCAAGACGGACAUGGCCUUCUCUGGUCCUUAGGUUCUGUUGGAAAUGAGAAGAGGUCUGGGGCCUGCCAGACCCCCUCCCCCUCCGGUGCAGACAGGUGAUGGGCUGGGGGCCAAGGGGAGAAGUAAAGGGGGUGGACUGUGCUAUUGUCAUUUGUCAGGAGGUUACCCAGCUGGGGCCAGUCCCCUCGUCUGGACAGCCACCAGGUGGGCCAGGCCGUGUCCCAGGCGGUGGCCCUGUCUGGCUAUAGCCCGCCUGCUGCUUUCCUGGGUUAGCACCUCUCCGGCCGGCCCCGGGCAGCGAGGGGCUCUCUCCUCCACCUCAGAGGCUUCUGGGCCCUUAGGGGACCCCAUGUCCUGGUUUGCCGGGGGUGGAGCUGGUAGGCACCUGUUGUCUGGGCAUAAUCGUCAGUAACACCCCUUCACUCUCCAGGGUCUGAGUUUGGACAGUACAUUUCCUGGGGACACCCCGCGGAGGCCCUCUCUUCACGUGAUGCCCCCACCCCCGGUCAAGCACGCAGGCCAUCUCACGCUACGGAGGCAAGCCUCGGCCUGGCCCGUGUGUUGACAACCAUCGUCACGAGGUCCACCUUGAAACGUGAACCGUGGGCUCGCUGGGCUGGGCGGGCCCGGUGCGUGGUGUUGCCGUGGGCGCAUCAGCUGCUCUGGGGGCCCGAGGCCAGCACUGUUUGCAGCUGGUCCGGAAGUGGCUCAUAGACCCCGUCGGGGAGGCUGCAGGGGACUUUUGAGCACGUGGCCCCCAAAGUCAGUGUGAGCCCCCACCAGUGAGGGGGCCCCUGUGGCCCUCAAGCCAGUGGAGGAGGUGCUGUGUGUGGUGACACUGAGGUGGCUGGGGAGGGAGGCGGAUACACUUCGAGACCUAUUUCGAGGGACCUGAUCUGCACAGGCAGGGACUCGGCCGCCGGGAGGAGGGGAGUCCAGUCUGGAGACGAGCAUGUGGGGGCGGCCCACUGAUCGCCCCGGGUCAGUGCCCCCCUCACCUGGUCGUUGUGGGCUGGCACUUUCCCUUCUCCCUCCCCCUUCCCUGCCAGCCACAUCCCUGUCCCGCUUUCUGCUUUGGGCCCCGCUGCUGCAGGGGGCAAGGGUGGGGGUCCUGGCCGGACACGGGGAGGGGGGUGGCAAACGUGGCGAGACACGCAGUCUGGGGGGGAGCUCUGGCCUCCCCGGCCGGAGGCUGGUGGGGGGGCUGGUGGGUCCCUGGGGCCACCUCCCACCCCUCUGGCCAGCCCACCAGAGCACGCUCCUGCUUCCCACUCGAAGACGCCAUUUUGCCCUUUCUAGGGGGCAGUGAUUUUAAUAAACGGCUUUUUUUCUGUGAGCCCAGAGUGUGAGGCUUCCUCUCAGCUCAGGAAGAUGCCUGUUGCCAGCAGCUCUAACGAGGGCACCCAUAAACCUCUUAUUUGUGGCUCCAAAAAUGAGGUCAUGGGCUCUCACUGUACUUCAUUAUUUAAUUAAACAGAUAUUAAGACAACACAGUGGGGCCGGGGCUCCAGGUGAGGGGAGGUAUCAGAGGGAGGAGCCCGGGGCUGCGGGGAACGUGCUGGGGGUUCGGUUCGUUCCCCCACCCCACCCGCCCUGCGCCCUCGGAGGUGCCGACCCUGUGGCCUCCCGGGCUGGGCCAGCCGUGCCCUGUGCAGGACCCUCCGCCCUGGCCCGCCCACAGGCUUUUGACUGCGUGGAGGAUGCUGGCCUGCACAGAGAGCUGCCCCCACCCCCGGCUGCCCUGCAAAGAGAAUUGCCGGCCCCCCACCCGCCACCUCCGGAAGGACGGGAGAUUCACGCGCCCGCGCCCGUUUUACUGCCGCGGAAACAAUUAAGUUAAUAAAACAGCCUUCCUGUUUCUUGAGCUCCAUCAAAGACCAUCAAAUUGUCUUCUCCAGCCUGCCGUCUGCCAGGUAAUAAAUUGUUACGGGCUUCUCUCUCAUUAGUA